UCACAGCGAGCCAUUGGGUUGAGCGCUUUAAAGAUUAGCGAAUGGGACGUAAACCGACUGCACUCAGGCAAGAGCGUCAGCGUUGAAGGUUUUAAAAGACUGUAAAACAAGUAAAACACAGAGUUUUGUGAGAGGGGCGAAAGUAAUGUUUGUUUAUUGCCUUGAAAGCAGCGUUGUGCCAGGAUUUUUUGAACAGCAGCACUCGAUUCAAAAAUCGGAGACAAAAUCUGAGAUCAAGCAAAAAUAUGUUUUUCACACAGUUAGCAAAAUGUGAUCCGUGUUAUCUGCUGCUGAAAAAUAGCAAAAUGGUAUUCUUUUAAUCAUACAAUACAUUUUAAAUGUUAUUGGAAUGAUCUUUGUUUUAAAAUCGUUUUUUUAAAAAAUCAAUUUAGUUUGGAUUGCACCUUUUUAUUUAGCAUAACCCCAGGGUAGUUACUUUUACUUUUGGAAUAACUUGUUUUUAAUAAGAUUGGCUAUUGGAGCGCGCCGUGUACCUUUCCCGUCGGGUUUACAGCGUGCAGAGUCCCAGGGGAGAGCUCGAGAUGGAGUACCUGCUGCAGGUGAAGGUGGGCGCGCUCGUGGGUUUGCUGCUGCUCACGCUGCUCUGCGGGUUCAUACCUGCCCGGAUGAAGUGGUUCAGAGACUCAAGCGGGACAGAAACCCACCGCCUGGUGCAGAGUCUCGUCAGCUGCUUUGCAGGGGGCGUCUUCCUGUCUGCCUGCUUGCUGGACAUCAUCCCAGACUACCUGUCCGACAUCGCAGAGGAGCUGCAGGCUCGGGGCAUUGACACUAACUUCCCCCUCGCUGAGUUCAUCAUGGCAUCAGGCUUCUUCCUGAUCCUGAUUCUCGAGCGCCUCGUUCUGGAUUAUUCGGGGCGGAGAUCUGGAGAGACCACGCCCCUUCUGUCACCAUCAGGCCACGCCCACGGGUUCCACCCUCAUCGAGACGUGGAGAGCAGCGGGCGGCACAUCCACGUGGACUUCCACGCACACUCAUCCUUCCGAUCCUUCAUCCUCUUCCUGUCCCUGUCGCUUCACUCUGUGUUCGAGGGCUUGGCUAUAGGGCUGCAGACCACCGACUCCAAGGUGCUGCAGAUCUGCAUUGCGAUUCUAGUGCAUAAGAGCAUCAUCGUGUUCAGCCUGGCGGUGAAGCUGGUGCAGAGUGCCGUGCCGCCCCUGUGGGUGGCGGCCUAUGUGGGCGUGUUUGCGAUGAUGUCGCCGCUGGGGAUCGCGGUGGGGAUCAGCGUGAUGGAGGCUCGGCUGGCCUCGGGGGCUCUGAUCCAGGCAGUGCUGGAGGGGGUGGCAGCCGGCACCUUCAUUUACAUCACCUUCCUGGAGAUCCUGCCUCACGAGCUCAACUCCCCCGAGCGGCCCCUGCUCAAGGUGCUCUUCAUCCUGCUGGGCUUCACCGUCAUGGCCGGGCUCGCCUUCAUGGGCUGAGGAGGACUGACAGUGUCUCAGUGGCACCCUACUGUGCGGCUUAACAACUGAUCCACCUGGUUGUGAUCCAUUCGGUUCUGAUCCAGCUGGUUCUCCACUUGCACGGGUCGCUCUGGGGUGCCCCAUACUGAGCAUCCAGAACCAGACACAGGCUGCAGUGUUCCAAAAGUACACUUCAUCAGAGUAAACUUUUCUGAAGUUUAUAAAACUGAACAGAAGGAGUAAUGCUCAUUUAAAAUCUCUUUGGAAUCCUCCGUGAUGUCUUUUUGAGUGGUCACUGGAGAGCUUUUAAAAGCCCAGGACCUUUUUUCAUUCAGUUUUAUUUUUUUAUGAUCCCAUUGUGGGGAAAUCUAGAAUCUUCCAAGUCGGUACUCUUCACUGAAUAAGGAUGAGACAGAAUUACACACUAAAAACCACAGCGUUUCCAGGCACUACAAAUAUUAAAGGUACGCAUCCUGUGCAGUUGUGUUGUGAUAUGAGCAGAGGUGAAAUACUUUCACCUGGCUUUAUUACAAUGUGUACUGUACACACACAUACACACUGUGCUACAUUAAAAAGGUCUUCCUUUCUUUGUUUGACUUUAGACUUGCAAAUGUAACAUGUUAGUAACACAAGUCUGGCUCGUGGCUUCAGCAGUGUGAAUGUGUUCAGAGGUUCAUGCAAGCAUUCCUUCAAUUCAAAACCAAGCUCUUCUACCCCCGUCUGGGUGUACAUGACCUCUUACUGCAUGAUCCAAACCCACCGGCUAUUACAAUUCAAAUAAUACAGAUCAGCAAUACAACUGUAACACCUGCAACAACUACUGGGGAUGACAAAAGAUGUGUUUGUAUAAUUUUAUCAGUAAAUAUUAUGGAUGUUUUUUCUUUUAGAAUUUAUCAUUGCCAAUGUCUGAUUUUUUUAUUUGUAAUAUAAAUAUGUAUGGAAUGUUUUGUGUUCUUCCAGAACUUUAAAACCUCAAAAAAGACAGCCAGUUACAAUAAAAAGGCAGUGCCAUCUGAAUUGUAUAAAUCCACUUAAAACAAAAUACUUUGUCUUUAUAAAAAUCGUUGCUAUUGAAAUUCUGUCCACUCCAACCCUCAGUAUGCGUCUUGGAAGUAGUUUGAUUUGUGUUUGUUUUGUAUUUCUCAACAACAUGGUAACAUAACAGCACCAUAUUACAAGUCUCUUCAUUUUCCUUGUUCCUUGUAAGUCUUCUCCAGGCGUCUCGAAAUCACAAAGAAAAGGCUUGUUU